AUGUCUAAGCUAGCAACCGAAAAACAAGAACGCAACCCGCGCGGAAUUCCGAAAGCGCCGUUCAUCGCAGAUGUUGCAGAGUUCCUCGGGCCUUCCCCAAGCCCGGAGGAGGCAUUGAAAGAGUUCCAAGCAGCACUAGCGGUACAUGUCACUCAUGAUAGAAAGUACCGUUACAUGGACCAAAACUUGACACAACGGCGGCGAGGUUUGGAAGAGAAGAUCCCGGACAUCAAAAAGACGCUUGCAAUGGUCGAGUUCCUCCAGGAGCGAAGAGAGGGAAAGUCCGCGUCCGACAGUGACCGCGACGACCUGGAUGAUGAAGAUCUUGAAGACGACAGUAGCUCCACGAAACCUCUGGUAACGACGUACGAACUGAACGAUACCUUAUACGCCGAGGCCGAGCUCGAGGACACCGACACGGUCUUCCUAUGGCUAGGCACUGACAACAUUCACCAGGCCAACGUUAUGCUUUCAUACAAGCUACCAGCAGCCGUAGCAUUACUGCGAUCGAAGCUCGACUCCGCACAAAGCAGCCUCGCGACAGUGAUAGAGGAUCUCGAGUUCCUCCGAGAGCAGAUCACCGUCAUGGAGGUCAACACGGCGCGCGUGUACAACUGGGACGUGAAGCGGCGACGAGAGCUGCGCGAGAAGGAAGCGAAAGAGGGGAAAACAGUGGAGGCCAAGGUCGGCUAA